UUUUCUGCAUGUAUGUGCAUCUCGUCAGUAGAAAUAAUGUGUUAUUACUGCUACAUGAGUCUGUUGCUCUUACUACAAAACAAAGUCACUAUGUAGGCAAAUCCUGAGGUACUGUAUAGUUCCAAUAUCUAUUGGACAGGUUUGCAGGAUCAUAUUACAUCAGGCACUAAAUGUCAUAAGUUUCAGGAGGAACUUACUAUUCUUCCAAAAUGUAAAUUAAGGAACCCUUCCCCCUUGCUUUUGCAGUUGGUAGAUAAUAGUGUUAGUAUCUGAAGCUGUGCAUUCCGGGGAAGUAAAAUUCUGCCUGAACUACAAAGAGAUCUCAUGUCUGCUUGCCACAGCAUGUUUUUGAAGUCUUUUGUGUAAUAGCUACUGUUCUAAAAGCAUAUUUUGUUGAGGUAAAAAUACAGUAGAUUAUAAAAUGAGAAGGACAGACUUGUUUCUAAUGUGUGUGAGAGCAUUCAGACUUAUUAAUGUUGAUGUUAGUCCAAGAAAAGAUUUAUUAAUUUAAAAUUUAUUUUAGUUCUCCUCAAAAAGAUAUGGAUAAGAAAAUGGAUGAAGAGCAGCCUUUGACCGUGUGUAACCAGUACCCCAAAGAAGCAGUGAGGAAACGUCAGAAUUCAGGUCGAGGUUCCAGGGGCAGCGAUUCUUCCAGAACCUCCAGAAAAAGCUUCAGGCUGGACUACAGAUUAGAAGAGGAUGUAACUAAAUCAAAGAGAGGCAAAGAUGGGAAAUUUGUCAACCCGUGGCCAACAUGGAAAUCGCCAACCUUGCCAAAUAUUUUGAAAUGGUCCCUUAUGGAAAAAAAUAACAGCAAUGUGCCAUGCUCAAAACAGGAACUUGAUAAAGAGCUUCCAGUGUUAAAACCUUACUUUGUUCAAAAGCCAGAACUUGCUGGGAAGACAGGAACUGGUAUGCGAGUCACGUGGUUGGGACAUGCCUCAGUUAUGGUGGAAAUGGAUGAACUUGUAUUUCUUACUGACCCAAUCUUCAGCCAGCGAGCUUCCCCUACUCAGCUGAUGGGUCCCAAGCGCUUCCGAGGACCUCCGUGCACAGUAGAGCAGCUCCCCAGAAUAGAUGCAGUCAUGAUCAGCCACACCCAUUACGAUCAUUUGGACUACAACACUGUAAUGAGUUUGAAUGAACGCUUUGGGAGUGAGCUGCGCUGGUUUGUGCCUCUGGGGCUCCUGGACUGGAUGCAGAGAUGCGGUUGUGAGAACGUGAUUGAACUGGAUUGGUGGGAAGAGAACUGUGUCCCUGGUCAUGAUGCGGUAACUUUUGUCUUCACUCCUUCUCAACAUUGGUGCAAAAGGACUGCAACAGAUGACAACAAGGUUCUCUGGGGCAGCUGGUCUGUCUUGGGACCUUGGAAUAGGUUUUUCUUUUCAGGAGAUACUGGAUAUUGUGUUGCUUUUGAACAGAUAGGUAAAAGGUUUGGACCUUUUGAUCUUGCAGCCAUCCCCAUUGGAGCUUAUGAGCCAAGGUGGUUUAUGAAAUACCAGCAUGUGGAUCCUGAAGAAGCAGUAAGAAUCCAUAUUGAUGUUCAAGCAAAGAAGUCUGUAGCAAUUCAUUGGGGGACCUUUGCUUUAGCAAAUGAGUACUACUUGGAUCCUCCAGUUAAACUGAAUGAAGCUCUUGAAAGAUACGGCUUGAAAAAAGACGACUUCUUUGUCUUGAACCACGGAGAAUCACGGGAGUUGAGUACAAAUGAUGGGUUUGAGUAAUGAAACAGUAGCAGUUCCGUGUUUGAUUUGAACUAGCAAUUAAUGUUACAGAUAUUAAUAUGAUGUACUUACAAAAUAGACUUUCUGGAGUGAAUUGGAUUUUCAGAUGCCAGGUUUGUCAGUUUCAGAACUAAAACUUGCAUACCAACUUCGUGAUAAAUUUUACUAGUUAUAUUGUUUAUAAAACUUGAGAGGUGACCUAAAAAAAACCUGGUUACUAUUUAAGGUAUUGUCUGGGAAUAACUUGCAGUUUCAACUCGUAUAUACACCACUGAUAAAUUGCUGGGGUUUUUUACAAAACUCAUCUUACCUGCAGCAGCAAUAAUAACCUCAGCACAGGACAUAUUCUUAGAAUUAAUGGCUGACUUAAAUUAGUCAUUGUUAGAAUGUCAUCUCCCACUUGUUAGUCAUUAACCUUCAGGUUAUGUCCUGUGCCCUGAUAGCUUCACUGUAUGUUUUGUGGGGUGGAGUCUUCCAAUACAGCUGUGUUGUUAAAGCACAAGCACAGUAAAAUAAUUAUUUUACUGAGUGCUUCUACAUUUUCAUAUCUUGACGAACCACAAAAGCUUAAUUUUACAAUGAUCUAAAGAAAUGUGCCUUUUAAAGAAAGAGAUAAUUUAAUAUUGCAUCACUGAUGUGUAAAACUUACUGCUGGACAGAGUAUGUGCACACUUUCAUUGUUUUGUCAAUGUUUUUAAGUUAGGCCUGAAUGUGUCUAAAAUAACUUUCUUGUCAAAUGCAGUACAUGAAAUGGAAGAAUCCCUUAAUGGCGCUUGUCUUUGCAUUGACUCAGCCUAUUACUAAGUAUUUUUUUUUAAAGUCUUAAGCAAGGGCUGCGGUAUUUUUUCUUCUAACUUCCCUAUAAUUUUAAAGUUAAAUGAGAGAUUAUAACAUUGUUCAGUAUUGUAAAACUUGGCUAAAUGUAUCUGUACCAAAUUGCCAUGCUAAUUUAUAGAAUUAAAUCCUAUUGUUGCCAAUAAAAAGGCCUAUUGUUGUUCUUCAUAAUUCACUGGCAAAUUAUCUUUUUUGGUCAUGAUUUGUUUUGGUCUCUGGGAUAUGUGUGGGUUUUUUGGUCUUGCUGUGCAUUACAUUUUAUGUUCAUGAAUAUAAAUAAAAAAGACACAUUAUUUCCCUGCAGUUCAGACAUGAACUUUUGGCAACUAAUUAAAACCAGUUAAUGAGAAUUCAUCCUAGGACCAAAACUGUGGUAAUCUUAACUGUUACCAGUUAACUUUUAAAAAUUUAUAUUGGGAAGUCCUAGAAUUCUUACAGCUAUUAAUACCAACAAAGAACAGCACGAGGAGGCAAAGAUCAGUUAGUCCAAGUUGAUACAGAGGGUUACAAUUUUAUGUUAGAAAAAGUAGCGUAUAUUUCUUUGGGAUUCAUGUUUGACAAACAUCAACAUUUCUUUAUUUGAAGAGGUAAUUCUAGCAUGGUCUGGAUGUAUUCACCAGAAUUUGAUCAAAACUGGUUUAAAACUACUCUCAGUCAUUCAGUGUUGAUUUUGGGAGCGUAUUUCAGAUGAAGUCUCUAUUGGGGCACAUUUACACAAUAGCUUCAAUAACAAUUUGGAUAAUAUAAUGCAUAUUACAUGUCCAUAAUAUUGUGGAGGACAUCAAGCUGCAGGAUGUUUUGAGUACUUUGAAGGAUUAAAAUUGAAGUUGUUGGGUUGGUUUUGGGUUUUUUUUUUUUCAGUUUUCAAAAUCAUCAAUAGACUAUUCUAUGAAAUUCUGUACUUCAGAAAGAAAGAGUGAAGCUAAAAUACAGAAUACCUAGACAAGCAACCACAUAGCAGAGAAGGAUUUGACACUAAAUUUCAGUAAGGGGAUAUGUUUUGGUUUGCAUCUAUUAAUUCAGUUGUAUGUAGAACAGUGACUGUUACGCUUUGCUUGCUGCUGGUAAGAUUCCAUCGAGGGUGUGGGAUAAAAAAAUUAGGCAUACUUGCAUGAAGACACUUUGGAGAGUCCUGCCUAAAUACAAAACAUCUCAACAGCAUUGUUCUAUGAAGAAAGCAUUUAAAAAUAGGUGUUUCUAGACCAGAAGAUGACUGAGCCAACACUAAUGACUUUCACGUUUUUUUUUAGAAAAGGGGACAAUGGUCACUUGUUUCUGUCAGCUAGCAAAUCAGAGGAUGAAGAGAUCAACUUUAUCAAAAAGAUGAUAUUUGAAAAACUUAUUUUUGGGUUGGAGAACAUGGGGAGGGACAUAUAGACAUCUCCUGUGCUGAGCUUAAGAAAACAUAUAUACAUCAGAUAUACCUAGAACAGACUAAUCUUAAAUUCUUGUCAGAAGAAAAGGGUGGGAUUGGUAAAUUCUUGGUAUCUGACCUAGACUUUAUUUUCCUUUGUUAAAUAGAGAAGCAGAAAAAAAUUAAAACUACGAAAAGUGACAAAACAUUGAUUGAUUGUAAUGUAACAUGCUUAUUACAAAAUAAGCAGUUUUUGGAGCAGUGGGAAGGUGAAAGGGAAGUUCACUGUCAAUACAGCAAUUGUCAGGUUCUAACUGGGAAUCAUGCCAACUUCGAUUUCUGCCUUAAUUGUAUUCCUGGUGAGUUAAAACUACCGAAGUAGAUAAAUUAGAUACAUGUAGCUUCAUCCCAGUAUUGAUCAGGGUAUAGAUACGUUGUUAUUUUCAAGGUCACAUUUUUCUUGCAGUUUUAACUAUGUGCAAAGUCACCUACUGAAAGUAAUUAUCUAUUGAAUUACAGAAAGAGAAGACAGUAGUAAUUUUAUUAACAGCAGAGUGGAUAUAUUAAUGUUAGAAAGAUUAAGCAUCUGUAACAGUUUAGAUAAUACAGUUCUCUUAUAAAUAAUGUAAGAUGGAAAACUUGUUUUCUAGCCUUUACAUUUGACACUUUUUUUACUUUAUGAUGUGGUGUUCAGGAAGUUUUAGUAGUCUCGUUUUAGUAUGAAGUGUUUUCUAGUAUGUUUUAUGUUCAUCAAUGAAACUUCCUUCAGGUUCUUUUAUGGUGAUGUUUAUAUGUAUUCCACUUCAUUUUGAAUUAACGGUGGAUGGAUGACUAAAACUUUAUGGGAGCUAACUCAACAUAAGUACUUACUCUGAUGAUGUUCUAGUUGAAGAGAAAAAGGAAUAAAGCUCUCCAAGGAAAGCAGGCUUGAGGGCUGCUACAGGACAGGAAGCUUUUGUAAAAAUGUGUAUGAUACUGCUCUUAUAGACUUAUAGAGAUGAGAACGUUGAACUGCAGUUGCAGAUAAUCUUUGACUCCUAUGUUGAAAAAUAGGUAUGCUUUCCUUGAAUUGAUAAUUUUAAAGCAAGAU